CAGGGCUGGACCUUUCGUGAGGCGCAUGUGGCGGUUGAUUAUUUGGGGCCAUAAAAUUGGAAACCCUCUCUAGGGCCCACUGUCCAGCCGCCACCCCCUCGCCCUCUGCAAACCUGGCUCGCCCCUGCGCUUCUCCCCCUCUCGCUUUGGCUCGCUGCCCGGCCUUUGUCUAGCUCCGUCACUCCUGCCCUCGCCCUCGCUCUCGCCUCUCGCUGCUCGCCUGCUCCGUCGACCGUCGCUCGCUGCCUCUCUCUCGCUCCAUCGCUCGGUCCGUCGGUCGCUCGCCCUCGCCGGCUCGCCUCGCCCUCGUGGCCGGUGGGCGGUGGCUCGCUCUCCGUCGCUCGCUGCCUCUCUCUCGCUCCGUCGCAGUUUCGCACCCUCGCCGGCUCUCCCUGGUGGCCGGUGGCUCGCUGCUCUUGCGUCUUGCCUCUUGCUCCGUCGCUCGCUGUCGCUGGUCGAUCGCUGCCUCUCGAUUGCCGAUUGGCUCAUCACUCAUCACUCAUCAGAUUCAGUCUUUCAGAUCUGCUUCUCAGAGGCUCUGACUCCAGUCUCCAGAUCUGCUUCAACUUUCUUUCUAUCCGACUUCUUAAUUAGCGGUCCAUUCUAUUUUCAGUGGCUAAGUCAAAUUAAAGCCUUUUUACCAUAAUACAUUGAAAGGGAAUCAAUUUUGAACUACCAGAGCAGGCUCCCCUGAAUUUGGUUUGAAAGAUUUUUUCUUGUAAGGCAAUUGAUAGAUGGCUUUGAGGCGUUUUUUCGGGUUUUCUGAUGGGGAACUGAUGAGAUCAGAUGCAAAACCUUGUUCCAGAUUAAUGCGACAAACUGCUGGAAUUUUUACUGUUGGAGGAGCAUUGGGAUUUUGGGUUCUCUGCCGUUUGCAUUAUGGUCCUCGAAUCACAGUUCCCAGGAGCCUUAGGUGGGCAGCAUGUGGGGCUGUCUCAGUAAGCUCGACCUCUGCUUUAUUAGUCCGCCUCUUCUGUCCUGAAUGUGAACCCCAGAAUAUUGCUGCUUAUGAUAAUAAAAAAUGAUGCUUGUCUUUUUUGGUUUUGAAUUAUGAUAUGUGAAAUGACCUUUAGUCCCUCAAGAAGGUGAUGGCAUUACCAUUUCCACAGAAACGGCAGAAUUAUCUCUUGUUACUAACAUGUGAAGCAUUUCUCAUUAGUGAGUGUAACCUUUAUUCAAAAAAUGGAUAAAUUGUCAGAAACUCAUUUUAACUUGGGAUGGUAGUGUGAUAUGUUUUGAUUUGCCUAAUUAAUGCAAAGGCUCCAUGCGCAUGUAUGCACUA